GAACUGAUACAGCGCCGAGCGAUGGGACACGCCUCUUUCUGCCCGAGAGCUCACCAUUAGCCCGGGAGAGAGAGAGAGCACCAUGGGAAGAGAGGAAAACCUCAUCAGAAUUGCCAAAAAGCUGGAUAAGAUGGUAACGAGGAAGAGUAUGGAUGGUGCUCUGGAUCUGCUCCAGGAACUGCGUGGUGUAAAGAUGACUCUAAAGUUGUUGCAGAGUACAAAAAUUGGCAUGUCUGUAAAUGCAAUCCGUAAGCAUAGCACGGAUGAGGAAGUCAUCGCACUCGCUAAAAUCCUCAUCAAAAACUGGAAGAAACUUCUAGCCUCAGAAAUUCCAGCUGAUCACAAGACUGUGAAAGCAGCAGGAAAAGAGGGUGAGAAGAAAGACAAAGCACCAGCUGUGUCCCCAGCACCCCGAAAACAUCCCGAAGAGAAAUAUGUGGAGAGGCAAGAUUUAUUCAGCUCCAAGCCUCCACUGACAACUUCACCCAUGUCCAGGAAGAACUCCACAGAUGGACAGCGGGACCAUCAGAGACGUGAUUCCUCGAGCUCGAUGUCACCAAUGGCUCUUUCACCUAUGUCCAGGAAAAACUCUACAGAUACUGAAGAGAGGAAGGAUUCAUACAACAGCAAAUCAUCAACAGUGACCUCGCCAGCUCGAAGAACUUCAGCGGAUAAUUCGAAACAAGAAAGUGGUAUUGGCAGCAAGGGAAAGAUGGAAUCACCUUCCACACCUACUAGCCCUACCUUCUCCACACCAACUAUCCUCCCUCCUUUCUUGUCAACUGGAGAGUCCAUCCGUGACAAAUGUAUAGAGAUGUUGAUAGCAGCUUUGAAGACUGAUGAUGAUUACAAGGACUAUGGUGUGAACUGUGACAAGAUGGGUGCUGACAUUGAAGACUAUAUCUACCAGGAGUUUCAGAAAACAGACAUGAAAUACAAAAACCGUGUUCGAAGCAGAAUAAGUAACCUGAAGGACCCAAAGAACCCUAACCUGAGAAAGAACGUGUUGGCUGGUGCGAUUGACUUGUUCCAUCUGGCAAAGAUGACUGCAGAGGAGAUGGCCAGUGAUGAGUUGAAGGAGCUUCGCAACGUGAUAACCAAAGAAGCUAUCAGGGAACAUCAAAUGGCAAAGACGGGUGGAACUCAGUCUAAUCUUUUUCAAUGUGGAAAAUGCAAGAAGAAAAAUUGUACCUAUAAUCAGGUCCAGACCCGUAGUGCUGAUGAACCAAUGACCACGUUCGUCCUGUGUAAUGAAUGCGGAAACCGCUGGAAGUUCUGCUGAUGAAACAGGACACAAACAUUUUCACGACCAUUUGAAUUACGGUCUUCUGUGAGGAGAAAAAAAGGUGUAAUUCAAUAAGGCCAGAGACUCUCGCUGGGCUCCUUUAUCCGUUACGUCAGACAAUGGAAGAGCAAUUUGAUUCUUCAACAUUAAUCUUCAAGAACUGAAUGACUUUUGUAGCUUUUGCAUGUUGUAGCUUUCCUGUUGUGUAAAUUGCAUUGCAAGGAAACUGACUUCUGUUCCUGGUGAUCACUGUGAAUUUAUUCAAAUCAUUUGCAAACCAAAUUUUGUGGCAUUCUACAAAUUUCUAAAAACCAUUUUUGAGAUUUAUUUUCUUGAUGCAGGAAAAUUAAGCUGGUGUGCAGAAGAGUUAAUUUUGUUGUAGGAACUAAGUUUAUAGGCAGGAUAUUUGUCACUUAAUUUUAUUUUAAAGAUUGCAAAACUAGGUUUUGAUUUCACAUUGAACUAAAGUAGUUUGAGUUUGAUUUAGAAUUAUUUGGAACCAACUCUCCUUAAAAUAAUGAGUAAUGAGAAAUUAAUUCCACACUGGCAGAAGAGUACCACCUGAACCUGAAAACCUAGUCACUGCCAUUACGGCUUAAAAAUCUGUUCUUUUGAUUUGUUUGUUGCUGAUUUGUUUUGUUCUUUUUCAGAAAAGUGCUCUAUCCCUUGCCUUGCCUUCAAAUAUUCCGCCCCCAUCCCCUUCCAAAUGUUUCUUCCUUUUGCAGAGAGCUGCUUCAUGUGAUACAAUUACCCUUCAAUAUCUCAUGGAAGCAGCCACUCUUCAGGGACGAUACCCGUGGAGCUGUUUGGUUGGAAGGGUUUCAUCAGCCUGAUUCUUGCCUGGUGACAGCACGUGUGCACAAUUGGAGUCAAUGAAAACCCUUGACUGUGUAGCCAGGCUGUGAUUUGCUAAGAGUGGCCAACUCUGGUUAGAUAUAUAGACCAUCUGGCCAUUGCACCCAAACCACCACCAUUGAGAAUGCUAAACGUUUCUGAUCUCACUGUGUUCUGUUUCCCACAGCCAAGUGCAGUGUGAGUGUCCGCUUGGUUUCUCGAUUGGCUGAUUAUUCACUGUCAGGGAAAUAGUCUUCCUCUUCCCAUCAUCUAAUCAUUUUAUAACUAGGAACAAAAUUUUAAUGUGGCACUUUUUUUUUAAAAAGUCAAUAUUGUCACUGUGAUUUUUUUUUCUCCCGAUGUUUCUUGCAGCAUUUAUCUGAAUUGUGAUCUUUAAUUCUCAGAGACUCCAGGAUUAUCUUCCGAGAUGGGCAACCCUACUCCACAUGCUAAAAGAAUAUUUGUGGGUGGUAAUUAAUAUCCCCAUCUGUAGCGAGAUUGGUGACAGAGGCAUUUAAUCAGAUAGGGCGGGGGGAAACACCCUGCACUUCCCACCUCCCCACCUCCACUUGGAUUAAGUCUGUGUAGGAAGUCUUGUGGAUUCCUCCUCUGCUACCAGUCAAGGGCCUUAAGUAGGUAAUUGGUACAGUUAUAAUGGUACUGCUGGUAUUAGCCCAGUCAGGGAUUGUUUCCAGACUCCCAAACUGGAAUCCUUCAUUCAAAGCCACUGUGUUGCUGACCUGGCAUUGGAUGGCCCUCUUGAGAGUUUGUCCUUUGCCCCUUUUUGGUGCUGUCCUCCCUGCUAUCCCCACCCUGACCACUCUCCUGUGAUCCAGUGGUGACACAAGGUCCCGGAUGGGUGUCAUACCAGCAGUAGCCAUUACCUCUGGUUGGCACUGUGAACGAAUGGAUCUAUCAAUCUUUGAUUGGCUGGCUGCUCUCAGUCAGCUGGAGUUUUGCCCAGGGUUCUCAGUUCCAGGGAAAGGCCAGUUGUUAUCUAUGUCCCUGUCUCUCUCAUGAUGCAUUGGGUCUUCUUAAUAAAGAGACAGUGCGGGUUACGUGCUGGUACUCCAGCAGGUGGUCAAGUCCUCCAUCUACCCCAUUUAAACAUUGACAUAUGAACCUGUGUUUUAGUUUGUGUGAGGUAUUUCCUGUUGAUAUUUGAAUUUAAAUGUGUGCUUUCUUUUUUUUAAGCUGUUCUUUAAGGCUGGCUUGCUGCUCUGCUGAAAAUGAAAUAUUUAAUAUUUAAAUUGUCACUUUUUCUUCCCCUGCUUCAGACCAGAUGCUGGCAUUAGAAUUCAAUGAACUCAACUAACUGGUAAUUGCACUCAAAUUUCUUUAGAAACAUGAGUGUCAAUCAAUGAUUAAAUUAAACCUUUUUCAUUUUAA